AAUAAUUAUUAUGAGUACUUUUUUUUUUUUUCUGAUGUUAUGUAUCCUUUGAUGUAUGUGCAAAGUCACUUAGAAGUGAUGAUGAUGAUGAUGAUGAUGAUGUUUGGAAUAAAAUUGAAAGGACCACCAAAAAAAAGGAAAAAACUUGUACCAUGAUUUUCUUUUUCAUUGUUUUUAAUUAGUUUUUUGCUGGCAAUGUCAUGAAGAGAUCAUAAAGGCAGACAACUAUGUUUAUAUAUGAAUAUGAUGUUUCAGUGGAGCAAGUUCUCAGCUGAAAAUGAGAUGAAUAUUUGAUAUUUAUUGCAAUGGAAAGAGAAAAGAAUUGAAAUUCUUAAAUGAAUAGUGUGUCAUAUGUUCUGGGCUUUAUUCUGAAGUUUGCUUAUUAUAUGUAUGAGUUGUUUUACUGAGUUUGUAACCUUUGUAUAUUUGAAGUUCUGGGUACACACUUCCCCCAAGCUCUGAACAGCAAGAGAUCUUGUUUGAGCAUCUCAGAACAUAAUAGGUAUCAUUGUUGUUGGACUUCGCUAGCCUAAUAUGGGUGGGUGUGUUUCGACAACACACUCGAGAGUAGCUCCUCAUAGGAAGAAGUACACUCGAAGGUCAAGAAAGUGUCACGGAAAAUUGAGCACAACCAUGGGUGAAGCUCCUAUUAAAAGGAGAUCAAUUAGUGAUGCAGGAAGUCGCAUAUCUGUCAGUGAGUUUGUGCAAAUUGACUUUGAGAAAGGAGGUACCACUACUUGUAGGAGAUCUGAGGUUUCUAAUAAAUCAUUCCAUCUAACCCAGGUGCAUUGGAAUCAUGUUGAUGAAAAUGGAGUUUGUCAUGAAGAAGCAUGGUUUGACUCAGUGAGCAUACUUGAAUCUGAAUCUGAUGAUGAUUUCAUCAGUGUUUUCGGAGAUGGAAAAAUUCUCAACAUGUCAAACCUAUGGUCAGGUGCACAUAUGUUACGUCCCCAAGCAGGACUUUUGAUUCCAUGUGCAAAUGAUGAGAAGCCAGUAGCAAGCUCUUGGUCUGCAAUUUCACCCUCGAUUUUCAGGGUGCGAGGAGAGAGUUAUUUCAAAGACAAGCAAAAAAAUACAGCACCCGGUUAUUGUCCAUACACUCCUAUUGGAGUUGAUUUGUUCGCUUGCUCACAGAAGAUAAGUCAUAUUGCUCAGAACCUUGAACUCCCCUAUGUCCAAGCGAACAGCAAGUUGCCACCACUACUCAUUGUUAACAUACAGAUGCCUACAUAUGCUCCUUCAAUGUUCUCAGGGGACAGCGAUGGUGAAGGCAUAAGCCUCGUGCUGUAUUUCAAGCUAUCUGACGAUAUUGACCAGGAAAUUCCAUCAGAUUUCAUUGAAAGCAUCAAGAAACUUGUGGACAACGAAACCGAGAAGCUUAAAUCAGUGGUUCCUUACAGAGAAAGACUUAAGAUCUUGGCAGGGGUGGUAAAUCCUGAGGAUCUGCAGUUGAGUUCUACUGAAAAGAGACUUCUGAACGCCUACAAAGAUAAACCAGUGCUGUCACGCCCUCAGCAUGAAUUUUUCAAGGGACCUGAUUAUUUUGAAAUCGACAUAGAUGUGCAUCGAUUCAGUUACGUGUCCAGGAAAGCAUUAGAAUCAUUGAGAGAACGAUUGAAAGCAGGAACUCUUGAUCUUGGUUUGACUAUUCAGGCUCAAAAGCCAGAGGAACUACCAGAAAAGGUGUUGUGUUGCAUGAGAUUGAACAAACUUGACUUCGUAAAUUGUGGCCAAAUACCGGCAUUGAUGACCUUCGAUGAGGAUUAGAAGUGAAAACAAGUUUUCAGGGGAAGCCUAUCAGAAAUUACAAACAUGAGGACAAUUGACACAUUCUUUGUAUAGUUGGGUUAUAUGUGUAUUCUUCAUUGUAUUCUUUAGUGAAUCAUUAUAGAGAGGGGCCAUAAAAUAAUGAAAAGAUAGGGAAAUCUGCAUUCUUUUCUCGUUGCUCUUCCUAAAUGAAUUCCUAUCUGUCUUGAUCACCCCCUGUCACUCACUUACUACUGAUUUUUCCUUUGAUUGAGUCUUUUGUUUUACUACUUCGCUUGAAGUCUAGGCACACCAUCUUUGUUCAGAGCUGAGUGUUAUUGCUAUAUAUCCUGUACAGUAGAAGCACUCUCAAGUCUUGCCAUUUUGGGUUUGUUGUAAUAUCAUUGCGUCAUGAUUUAGCACUGAAGAAGCAAGUAAUUUGAAAAAGAAAUUAUCAUGCUAGUAUAGACUUCAGCUCAUUAUGGCAUUCUA